CAUUUGGGUAUAUUAUACACGUGUAAAAUAGUAAUAUACCAAUCCAACUCACUGGAAAGGGCAAGCCUAAAAUUUCGGGCAAGGAGAAAGAACGGAAGAAGACAACCCGAUGGCCGGAAGCAGCAAUUCGAGGUGGUCUUUGGCCGGCAUGACUGCUCUUGUUACCGGCGGCACUCGUGGAAUUGGGUAUGCUACUGUGGAAGAGCUGGCGGAAUUGGGCGCUACUGUGUAUACGUGUUCGAGAAAUGAGGAGGAACUCAAUCAGCAUUUGCAGGAGUGGAGUUCUAAGGGGUUUAAUGUCAGUGGUUCUGUGUGUGACGCGUCAUCUAGGGAACAACGAUUGCAGCUCAUGGAUAAGGUUUCCUCUCUGUUCAGCGGCAAGCUUAACAUUCUUGUAAAUAAUGUUGGGACUAAUAUAAGGAAGCGAACUGUUGAUUACACCGCUGAAGAAUAUUCUAGCAUCAUGACUACAAACUUAGAAUCUUCUUAUCACCUAUGUCAACUGGCUCAACCUCUACUUAAAGCCAGUGGAAAAGGCAGCAUUGUGUUUAUUUCUUCUGUUGCUGGUUUGGUGCACCUAUUUUCUGGAUCUAUCUAUGGAGCUACUAAGGGAGCAAUGAAUCAACUUACAAAAAAUUUGGCAUGUGAGUGGGCAAAAGAUGGCAUUCGAGUGAACAGUGUUGCUCCGUGGUAUAUCAAGACCUCUCUUGUGAAGCCUUUGCUGGAGAAUGAAGAGUUCGUGGAUAAUGUAGUAUCUCGAACUCCUCUCAAGCGUCCAGGAGAACCGCAAGAAGUAUCGUCGUUGGUUGCCUUCCUUUGUCUGCCUGCUGCUUCUUACAUUACAGGUCAGAUUGUAUGUGUAGAUGGAGGACUCACUGUCAAUGCAUUUCCUCACGGCAGCAUGAACCUUUAAUUAACUCUCUGUUCUUCAACUCAAUGUUUAUAAACUCAGAUGCAGAGUGAAUUUGAACCCAGAUUCUUGGCCCAUACUUCUCAUAAAUUUCAUCUUUCUUAUUUUUAUUUUUUGUUUAUUUGAAUGAUACACUUAUUCUAUCGAGUCAAGACAUUAAUUUCAUUUCUAUUUCAAAAAAGAGACAUUAAUUUUA